CUGUUUUUGAACGCAUAGUAUAGGUAGCAGCACUGUCUGAGCGAUAAACAGCUGAUUGUAUUUGUGAGGUGCGUAUUACGACGAUAAACUGCGUCUUUGAUGAACUUCUGCUAAGGUACUGUUAGUGACACCUGUUAUGAUAAUGAAGAUUCCAACAAACAAUGGAUUCUACGGAUAUGAUUCCUCAGUGUCAUAUUUGUCCGAUGGCUCAGACAUCGGAAAUGUAGAAGACAUGGAAUCGCCAUCUCAUGAUGGAGAUUUUUCUGAAUACCUUUGGAUGGAAAAUGAGGAAGAGUUUGAUAAACAAGUUAUGCAGCAACUGGAGGAAGAAGAGCUAAUGGAACAAUGUAUUGAGGCAAUGCUAGAAGAUGAACGAGAAAUAAGAAACAUCCGUAAUCAGAUGGCAUCUACCAAUGGAGGCUCAAGUGAUGCAACUGCACCACCUCGACAAGCCUGGAGCACUAAUGAUGAUGUAACAAACCACAUUUCUCAAUCACUGGAGGGUCUGAGUGUUCAAGAUGAUUUGGCCAAACAGAGCACACUCAACCCCAAUGCGGCAGAGUUUGUUCCACAGCAGAAAGCAUCAGAGAGCAGCGGGUCAGGAAAUGUGGAUCGCUCGACGACAUCUUAGAAGUUACGCAGAGGUCUGCAUUUUCUUUGAUGCCAAGCUACAUUUCAUUUGGUAGGCUGUGAGGCAAUGGAGUCCCUGUGAAUGAACUUUGUUAGUCACUGAAUACUCCACUCUGCUUCAGAGUGGGUGUUUGGAUGUGAUUUUGAGAAUGAAUGUGAUAUAUAAAAAAUGUCAAGAAUGCAGUAUUUUAACGGUUGUAGAGUUUCAUACGCAUUUGUCAAAUGAAUGCUGAGAUAUACUUAAAUCAUUUUUCCGCUGUGCAUUGGAACUUUAUUUUUCUCUUCUUUAAAUGUCUUUGGGUGUUUACAGUUUACUUAAAAUGACUUUCCAUUGACGAUAUGCCACAGAAGUACUGAAAGUCACGUCCCUUUUUCUUUGUUUGAAAAUUUAAUGUUUCAUUGUUUAUAAAAAUAAUUUCAUUAUAAUUAUAAUAAUUAUUGCUAUUAUAGUAACGUAAAGACUGUGCAAUUCCUAAUAUCACUUUAUGGGAAAAGUACAAAAUAAUCUUUAUACAAUACUCAGUUAUUGUAAGGGUAUGUCUUAUUCUGAUAGAAUCUCAGAACUUAAUUUAUAUUAGCACUGCCAGAAUUGUGCAAACUUUGAAAACUAGCACUAAAUGACAGUUUAAGUAAAAUUAACUGGUCUUUGAAUUGCAAUGAAAGUUUGAGCUCAUACAAGAUCUCAUUAGAUUAUGAAGGAAGAUACAAUCAUUUAUAGGAGCUUGAAAGAGAAUGUAAGCUUAUAUGAAAUUUUUUAUUUAUGUUUUCUAUUUAAGAGGUCAUAAUAGUUUGUUGUAUCAUUGAGGUGAUGAGAUAUUUAAUUGAUAAUUGCUGGUAGCUAUAAACUUACCUUCAUUUCACUUUUUUGAUACCAGUUGAAAUUUUACAUAUUUUAAGAUUCAUACAGUGUGCAAUAGUCAGUUGCAGAACAGAGUUUCUGUUAUUGCUGUUAAUUGAAGUUCCUUCUCUCACUUUGAAGAGCUGACAUUCUGACAAACUUUACAUUUGUUUGCAAUUUAUUGCAAAGUGUUCAUACAAGCAAAGUCAGCUUAUUACUUUCUUUUAUUUUUAAAAUAAGAGGUCCAGUUAUGUUUGUAAUGCCCUAAGCAGACUUGUAUAUGCAGUAUUAAUAAUUUCAGAGCAGAAUAUUAAUUGAUGUGAUAUUAAGUGUCAAGCAUGUGUGUUAUAUGAAGUGCGGCAACUUAAUGGUAUGCUUGUUUCGGAAUGAAAGGAUAUUUGUAAAUGUACUGAAUAUGGUUAAAUGCUAUAGUUUAAGCCUUACAUUUAUAUGUGAAAAAAAUUGACAGCAUGUUUGAUAAAGACAAGGAAAUAUGUAGAUUUAGAUGGUUGUGUUUAUUGUUUUACUUUACUGAUACAGAACUUUAGUAAUUUUCCUUCUCUGGUUUUUGUUAGUUUCUCUCUAAUCUUUUAAAAGAAUGUCUGAUUUGUGUAAAUGUAGAAUAGUGAAGUAACUGAAAUUCUUCUGCUUUGGAGAUGUUUUAUUUUGUUACAGUAAAUGUUGCCAUUGUUUGUCAACACAAAAAAUGUAUGGAGGAAUGCCCUUUCUUACAUUAAAUGUGUAUUACUAAAUUUCUACAAUA